AUGGGUCAAGCGCUAGCUAAGGCCGAGAUCAAGCCUACGUCUUCCGCCGCCGGCGGCAGCGUCGCGCCGCCGCCGCCGGCGCAGACGGCGUCGUCCAUCGUCGCCGAGACCGCGUCCGGAUCGCACGUGCUCAAGAUCGACGGAUACUCCCUCAUCAAGGGGCUCGGCGUCAAUAAGUUUAUCAGGUCCGCCACGUUCAGCGUCGGCGGGCGAAGCUGGCAGAUGAGAUUCUACCCUGACGGCUGGGAUAAGGAAAACGCCGAUAACGUCUCCAUGGCUCUGUUCCUUGUCGACACCGAGGGUACGGACGCCAAAGUGAGGGCCAGGUUCAGCUUGCUCGACCAGGCUCAAGGCACACACCUUCCCGUGCACGAUGAAUGGCAUGUUCCAUUCCCGGUCAAUACUGGGAACGGAUAUGGUAAAUUCUUCGAAAGGAAACUCCUGGAGGAGUCCACCCAUCUAAGAGACGAUUCUUUGGAGAUCAAGUGCGAUGUCACCGUUUUCAAGGAGAUCCGUGUGACGGAGGCCGUCGGGGUCACGGCGAGGUUCGUCGUGGUGCCACCGUCCAACAUGCACCAUCACUUCGGCCGGCUCCUCUCGUCUGGCCAAGGGGCGGAUGUGACGUUUAAGGUUGGGAGGAAGAAGUUUGCUGCGCACAGGUACAUGCUCGCCGCCAGGUCGCCCGUGUUCGCGGCGGAGCUCUUUGGUCCGAUGAAGGAGAAGACCGCGACUUGCAUAGCCAUCCAUGACAUGGAGGCCACAGUUUUCGAAAACAUGCUGCACUUCAUCUACACCGACUCUUUACCAGAGAAUGGAGAUGGCGAAUCGUGCGAGAUGGCUCAGCAUUUGCUUGUGGCCGCUGACAGGUAUAACCUGGAGAGGCUCAAGCUGAUAUGCGAGGAGAAGCUGUGCAGCUAUAUCGACGCAAGCACGGUGGGCACUACAUUGACACUAGCCGAGCAGCAUGGCUGUCUUGGGCUCAAGGAGGCAUGCUUUAGUUUCCUCAAGUCACCUGACAAUGUCAAGGCUUUCGUGUCGACUGAUGGCUUUGAGCAUCUCACGAGUAGUUGCCCCUCAGUUCUGAAAGAGCUUGUUGGCCAGCUUGCUCCCUGA